UGCCAACCGCUGCUCCCCGCAGGGCGGCGGAUGGACCAGCAGCCGAGCGCCAGGAGCUGCAGCCGGGCCGCGGCAGCCUGCGAGCUGCUGCCCAACGAGCCCUCCAUGAACCUGCACAUCCACACGACCACGGGCGCGCGCUACGAGCUCUGCGUGCCCCUCGACGAGACCGUGGAGGGGCUGAAGAGGCGGCUCUCGCAGCGGCUCAAGGUGCCCAAGGAGCGGCUGGCUCUACUGCACAAAGAGAGCCGCCUCAGUUGUGGGAAGCUGCAGGACCUGGGCGUUGCGGAAGGAAGCAAGCUGACGCUGGUGCCCACCGUGGAGGCUGGCUUGAUGUCCCAGGCGUCCAGGCCAGAACAGUCGGUGAUGCAAGCUCUGGAAAGCUUAACUGAAACUCAGGUCAAUGACUUCUUGUCGGGACGGUCCCCGCUGACCCUGGCCCUGCGGGUCGGCGACCACAUGAUGUUCGUGCAGCUGCAGCUGGCGGCACAGCAGAGCAGCGGGCAGCUGCAACACCGGCAUGUCAUCGCGAGCCGCGGUGAGGCGGGCGCCGCCAGCGCCCACUGCCGUGCGCUGCACGGCGCUGCUGGCUCCGGCUUCGCCCGUGUGCCUGUGGUGCCCGCCUGCCAGCAGAGCCCAGCGCCCGCCACACCGCCUGCCCCCGUCUACUGCAACGCCCCCCACCCCGCGCCCAUCACCGCUGGCAUGUUCCGCUCGCAUGGGGCCGGCACACAAACGGUCAACAGCAGCGUGGUCUCCUCCUGCUCUGAGGUGGACUGCGGCACGCGCAGCAGCAGCAGCUCCCCGGGCGGCAGUCCCGCCCCGACGCCCCGAUCCCGCAAGCCCGGUGCCGUCAUCGAGAGCUUCGUCAACCACGCGCCCGGGGUCUUCUCAGGGACCUUCUCUGGCACUUUGCACCCCAACUGCCAGGACAGCAGCGGGCGGCCGCGGCGGGACAUCGGCACCAUCCUGCAGAUCCUGAACGACCUCCUCAGCGCCACGCGACACUACCAAGGGAUGCCGCAGUCCCUGACGCAGCUGCGCUGCCAGACGCAGUUCUCUUCCACGGCCUCCUCGUCCCCGGACCUCGCCACCAAAACUACCUCAGAGCCGCUGCCGGCACCUGCCACCUCUGCACCCCUGCACCCCGUCGUCCAGUGCCAAAGCCAGAUCCGCAUGUGCAAGCCCAGCGGGGACCGGCUGCGGCAGACGGAGAACCGGGCGACGCGCUGCAAGGUGGAGCGGCUGCAGCUGCUGAUGCAGCAGAAGCGGCUGCGGCGGAAGGCGCGCCGGGACGCCCGCGGGCCCUACCACUGGCUGCCCAACCGCAAGUCCAGCCGCACCAACAGCAACAGCAGCGUCUCCAGCGAGGGCAGCCUCGACCUGGACUUCGAGGACUCGGUGUGGAAGCCGGAGGUCAAGGCGGACAUGAAAUCUGAGUUCGUUGUAGCAUAGAGCAGUGCCCGGGCGGCGCCGCCGGCUCCCGCUCCGCCCGCGCGCGGCCCCUCCUGACUCUGCCGCCUCCGGGGGGACCUUGCAGCAGAGCCUUCCCCCCUCCAUGGCGUCACAGGGGCGGC